CCAAGCAGCCAGCUUCCAGUUGUGGGCCGUACUUGUUGUCACCGUCACUGGCUGGCCAGCAGGAUGGAGUCUGGCUGGUGAAGUUGUAACAUCAAGAGCCGACAGCCACCAAGGUUCCUCCCCAGUUCAGAGACGUGGCUGCCUAGACAAUAAGAUGGAUGCCCUUGUGAUGAAGGGUAAGCCUGAGAAGACCGUUCCAGAGGAGGCAGUGUGCAGCAUCUGUCUCAACUACUUCAAAGACCCUGUGACCAUCCACUGUGGGCACAACUUCUGCCGAGGGUGUAUAACUCAGGUGUGGUGUGUGAGUGAUGAGAACAGGGAUGAGCUAGAAUCAGAGGAGAAAGAGGGGAAUGAAAAGAAAGAAGAGGCUGUGGGAACCAGUGCAGGAUUAGAAACCCAGAAUCGGGGAGAAUUACCUGAGAGUGCCUUGAAAGAGGAAGUUGAGGGGAACAGAGGCAAUAUUGAGUCCAGCUGUGACAGUAAACUCGACCUGUUGGAGGAAGAGGAGGAGAAAGAAAAUAGCAAAGAUGUUGUGGGUGUCAGUGCUUGGCAGGAAACUAGGAAUCAGAGAGAAGUAUUUGAUAGUGACUUGGAGGACUUUGUGCACAACAGUGGCAAUAGCCAGUCCAGUUGGGACAGCUCAGAUGCUGUGUUGGAGGAAAAGAAGGAAGAUAAACAAGAGGCUGCAAGAGCAAGUGUGUGGUUGGAAACCAGAAAUGAAAGAGAAGUAUUUCAUAGUGACUUGGAGGAGGAGUCUGAGAGGACCAGUGGCAGUAGUGAGUCCAGCUGCGAAAGCUCAGACUUGGAGGAGAAAGAAUUGGAGUUGGAGGACACACAGCAAACCUCCAAGGAAGUGAAUGAGGAGAAUAUACUGCAGGAGGAAGAAGAGGAUGAAGAGGAGGAGGAAGAAAAGGAAGAGCACCUGGCCCCUGGCCACCCAGUACCUGCCCAUUCAGUGCCUCAGAGGCUGUUCACCUGCCCUCAGUGCCGAAAGAGAUUUUGUCAGUCCAGCUUCCGCCCCAACGUGGAGCUCGCCAAUAUGGUGCAGGUGAUUCGGCAGAUGCAGCCAACCUCUGAGCAUGGGAGGCCUGUAAAUGAGAGCAUGUGUCCUAAGCACCAGGAAGCCCUGAAGCUCUUCUGCACCGUAGAUGAAGAGGCCAUCUGUGUGGUGUGCCGCGCAUCUCGGGGCCACAGAAAGCACAGUGUGGUGCCACUGGAGGAGGUGGUGCAGGCAUACAAGGCCCAAUUGCAGGAGCAGCUGGAACCCCUUAGUGGUUACCUAGAGACUGUGCAGAACAUGAAGGCCAAGAAGGAGAGGCGUGUGACAGAGGUUAUGAGCCUGAUGAAUGUAGAGUCAACAGAUGUGUCCUCGGAGUAUAAGGAGCUGACUUACUAUGUGGACCAAGAACAAGCAGAAUGUCAAAUAGGGGAGGCACGAUCAAAGGCUGAGCGCCUGUCAGAGCUGACCACCAAGCUGAGCUACCUGCUGGCUGAGGUCCAGGAGCGGAGCCAGCAGGAUAGCCUACGGCUGCUUCAGGAGACUCUCAAGAAGUGUAGAGAGGUAUGGGAACAGCUCCCACAUUUCAGCCCCCUUGACCUGAGCAAUCCUGAUAGUGAUGACUUGAUAGCAGACGCGAUCCUGAGGAAACUGAGCCAGAAACUCUGUGAGGGUAAAGGGAUGAACCAGACACCAGACCCUGGCAUAGUUCACCUAACCAUGAUAAUGUCCACGGAUUGCCAUGACCCACCCGGUGGACAGGCCACAGGAGGUUACUGAUCACUACACAAGUUUUUUUCAGCCCUCAGCCCACUGCUGUGUA